CGAUGACCACAGCGAGCAACUUGACCAAAAUAUUUUCAACCCAAAAAUAUUACCCAUGUGUUUUUUUGGAGAAAAAACCAAAAAAAUGGUUAAACAACAACAACAACAAUUAUUAUGUUUAGAUCGUUUGAUACAAGAUUUACAACAAUUAAAUAAUGAUCAUCAAACAGCUGAUGUUAUUUUUAUUGUUGAUAAUAAUCAUCAUCAUCAACAUUCGAAUGAAUCGAAUAAUAAUGAACUGACAAAACUCAACGAUAAUAAUGAUGGUAAAAAUGAUGAUGAUAAUGAUAAUCAAAAUACUGAAACAUUAUAUGCACAUCGUUUAAUUUUACGUGCAAGAUGCCAAAAUUUUAAAAAUGUAUCAUCUGCAUCGGCUGAUAAUAUUUGUUGUCGAAAAUUAUCUGGAAGUUCAAUAACAAAAGAAGAUAAUGGUCAAACUUGGAUAAUACGAUGGCCAAAAAUCAAAUCCUAUGCAUUACGUUUGGUUUUGAAUUAUAUUUAUACAUCAAAAAUUGAAUUAAAUUCUACCAAUGAUGAUAAUGAUCGUUGUGAUGAUAAAAUAUUUGAUAUUUUAAUCAUUGCAUAUGAUUUUGACCUAGAUGAAUUGAUUGAAAUUUGUGAACAACGUAUUUUGGAAAUCGUUGAUGUUAAUAAUGUUUGUCGAUAUCUGGAUAGAUUCAUUGAAAUUGGUCAAAAAAUUCAUACAAAAAAUGGACCAAAUUGUAUCAUUGAUCAAUGUAUGGAAUUUAUUAAUGAAAAUGCUUAUGAAUGUGUUAAAACAGAAUCAUUUCGAAAUAUUUCCAAAGAAACAAUGAUUCAUCUAUUACGAUCUGAUCAUUUUUCAUUAGAUGAAGCUGAUGUAUUUCGUUCGUUAAUUGAAUGGGCAAAAUAUCAAACUAACGUUUAUAAAUCGGUUGAACAUUGGAAUGAUGAUGAUCGUAAACGUAUACAGAAUCAAUUAUCUGGUGUUAUAAAUCAUUUAAGAAUAUUAUUGAUCGAUAGCCAAGUGUUUGCUGAAGAAAUUGAACCAACUGGUGUUAUACCGAUUGAACUUUCAUUGGAAAGAUAUAGAUUUGCUGCACUUGCUAUCAAUAAUAAUAAUAAUAAUAAUGUAGGCCAUAAAUCUCAACAACAAAUUCAUGAUGCGAUCAAUAAUAAACGUUUACAACCACGAUCAACAACAAAUAUUUAUCGAUCAUUUCCCGAAUCAAAAUUAUUAUCAAAUAUUAAUGUUAAAUAUGAACAAACAUUAAACGAUUGGUAUGGUCAUGAUAGCAAACAACGUUGGCAAUUAAUAUUUCGUGCUAGUGAACAUAAAUUUUCGGCCGAAGCAUUUCAUAAUUAUUGUGAUGGAAUUGCACCAACUUUUGUUCUUGUAUUGAGUACAAAAGGUUAUCUUAGUGGUGGUUUUUCCGAUAUACCAUGGACCAGUGGUAAUCGUGGACGUGGUUGUUAUGCAUCAUCAGAAAAAUCUUUUCUUUUUCGUUUGAAAAUACCAUCCGAUGAACAAUCUUCAAUCAAAUAUGAUGUGAAAAAGAAAAUCUUUGCCAUUGGACAUAUGGCAAGUAAAGGACCUGUUUUUGGUGCCGGUGCCGAUUUGCUUAUUGCCGAUAGUUGUCAUUUAAAUGAAGAUAGUUAUUCCAAUCUUCCACAUUCAUAUGAUGGUCCAUAUGCUUCAGUUGAUACUUUAUUUGGAUCAUAUUAUUUUACCGUAAUUGAUUAUGAAGUUUUUACAUUAUUUAACAAUUCGAAUUCAAAUUAACUUUUUUUUACAAAUUAUCGAUUAAAUCGAUUAUGAUGUACAUUACUUUUAGCAACAAAUAAAA